UCAUUAUUAUUCAUCCAACUUUAGUCACAUUCGAUUCAUUAUACACAUCGGUUUUAGGUAGACCUCGGGUAUACUAUAUUUUUAAAAAAUUAUUCUUGUUUUAGCCAAAUCGUAGAAAGUAAAGUAAAUUCCAGAAUAGAUACUAGACAAUAAGAGUUUGUGGGGCAGGAAUCAGAAUUUGGCGCCAUGAAGCAGACAUACUUCUUCGACGCCAUUCUGGUGACCUCCAGCUUGCCAAUGCCCCGCCUCACAGCUACGAGUGUGACUGCGGGCGGAGGCCACAUCUACUCCAUCCGGGUGUUCGAUGACUUCGAGGAGCUGCCCAUGGAACGCCUGUUCGUGGAGGAGUUCCCUGCGUAUCCUCUGGUCCAGUUCACGGCAAGUCCUUGCGAGCUGAUCGGAUCCCUGACCACCAAGGGUGUGUGUGUAAGCCUGAAACAGAACGACGAGCUGGUGGGCAUGGGCAACUUCCAGGUAGGAGCUGGAAUCCUGCGCCAGCUCACGGAUCCGUCUUUCCUGGUCACGCAAAGCGUCAUGGUGGAUCUGAUCAAGGACAAGAAGGUGGUGGGCGUGGUGGAGCUAAUUAUAAAGCUGUCCAGUUCAGAUCCCGAUAUAAAUCACGGACUACUACCCUUUGGCUGCUAUGAUGUGUGCCGUCCAGUGGAAAAAACAAUAAACAAAAAGGACAUCAUCUUUACUCUGGGACGAUCGGAGAAGUGUGCUACCAAUACUUGCAUUACGGACGAGCGCCUGAUGUCCCAUGCAGGGGCACCUUUCCAGUGCCCACAUGCCGCUGUCCAGGGCAAGGACACUGAGGGCGGGGGUGGUGGUGCUGGCCAAAGCUGUGGUUGCUUUGUGGCAGCAAUGCAAUUGCCCAAAGACGUGAAGACCGAGAAGAAGAGGGAGAAGGCCGCCCUGAAGAAACUGAUCGACGAACUGAAUCUGGAGCAAGUCAAAGUGCCCACUCCGCCAUGUAGUCAUGGACAGUCCCGCCAGUGGCACUGCAAAUGCUCCCAGCCACCGGAGACCACCAGCACCGACACUUCCUCAGACCAUGGACCUCUGUCCAAAAGAGCGGCCAGGAAGCGAAAGGCGUUGUCCUUGACGGCAUCCCGGGAGUGGCAGAAUCGCAAGAAGAUUCUGGGAAUGUGUCCAGCAACCCAGCCAGAUUUGUUGGCCAUACCCUACAAGCCGCCGACCCUCUGCCAGCUCUGUCAGUCCGACAUUAGCUGGCUCCCCAAGGUCUCCGCCUGUCCCUAUUGUGGCUACAAGACCUUUGAAGACAUUCCGCCCAGCGAGGAAGAGUACGAUCUUACUGCCACGGCCCAGCAGCUGCUGAGGGACUGCCUGCGAAAGGAGCAAUGCAAGUACAGUUCCUCCGAGGAGGACGCGGACGAGCUGCCGUCCGUUAGGAAACUGGGCAACCAGGAAGAUCCCAAUCUGCCGAAAUCGUGUGGCUGCAUGGGUGGGAAGCCAUGCACCCGAUGCCGCAUCCGUAAGCUCUGCGACAAUUUUUUCAAAGACGGCGAGUGCGCCCAAGCCCAGGCUCAGACCCUGGUCUCAGGUGUUCAGGGCGAAGCUUCUCCGGUGACCAAAGUUGAGAUGGUACCGAAGAAAACUGCCUCGUCGACCUCACAGCGUCGGAAGCAACUUAUUACCAUCUUCACGGAAAUGCGAAACAUGUACAGCAGAAAGAAGGGUGCCUCCGAGGAAGACGCUCUGGCGGAAAAACAGAAAAAGGAUUGCGAUGCCGCAUGCCACAACACCAAGUCAGCCAAGGCUCGCAGGAAAGCCAGGAGGUCCUUGGCAAAGGCCCUCAAGGAAAUCGACCAAGCCUAUCCCAAGCCACCCAAGACGAAUAUCAGGAAAAAGAAACCUCGCCCCCGUUCCAAAUAUUACACCUUUCUGAAGCCCAAGCCUCGUGCUCCUAAUCCCCGGAUAGGUCAUGUAGACUGCAUCACGGAUAGCAAAUAUACGGGCUACUGCAAAGUCCCCUGCCACAUGGGAUGGAUGUGGACCAAGUGCGAAAUGGCUCGCUACAAGUCCUGGCGGCCCGGUGCUAUUGCCAAGCCCAUCCGCCAGAUGAUGGCUUACUUCCUCAAGGACUAUCCCGUGGACAGCUUGUGCCUAUCACGCUAUCACUAUCAUCGCCGCAAGUGCGAGCCCAAGGACCCGGAGGAGGAGCUCAUUCAGCAUCCCACUCUCCACAUUAGCCGCAAAGGCGAUGAGUACAUCAUUACGUUGCGUCCUCUAAAGGAUCCCAAGUCGUUGGCCGUUUGUGCUAAUCCUUAUGCCAAUAUGAAGCCAGUGGUGUUCCGGAUUACCAAGGACCCGAUGGCAGCGGCCCUGAGGGAGAUGAGAGUGGCGCUGCAGGAGAAGGGAUUCGCCCCAUGCAGCUGUGGACGACCGGUUGCUUGCUGCUUUUGUCGCUCUCAUGUCGACAAGAAGCGGAUACAGUACGAAGUGGAGAAGCUGUGCCACCAACGGGGAUGGGAGGAUAACUCCGAUACAUUCGUCUACUCCCCCAACAGUGACGACGAUGAGAGUGAAAACGAGUACGAGUUUGGGGUUACUCCGCCGGCUGGCGUUAUCAAGCCCGAGCGUAUUCGCAAGCCAGACAUAGCCCACGCCGAAACCCAGUACAUGGAGACCGACUGGGCCAUGCCCAAUAUGUUCCCGCAUCCGGCCAGCAUGCUCGUCCAGUACGGAGCGUGUACCAUGGGCGAGCGCAAGAAGUUCUUCCCCUGGCUGUACGGGAAGGGCAACAUCCAUGCCCCGCCCAAGAAGCCCAAGAUGAGAAAUAAGCCAAAGAAGAAGGAAAGAAUACCUCUGGGAGGUCACAGAGCUAAAGGUGGUUUUGUAGACCCCGAAUACUUCAACAACCUCACGCCUCUGAACAGGCCCUGGCACAAAUCGAACUAUCCAAGUAGUGUAAAAAUGUACUGAAGAUACUAUCUUUGAUCCAACUUUUCAAUAUCUGCACAAACCGCUGGCCUGGCGCUUCGUUUUAAAAUAUAAUUUUAAAAGCGUU